AUGUUCAGACAAGCUAUCGCCACCUCUUCCCGCGCUGUGCGCUCCGGCAUGCGCACCCAGACUCCCAAGUCUGUCUUCCAAAACCAGUUCCAGACUUCCCCGGCUUUCAGGAUACGGGCCGCUCAGCCUGCCGUCGCAAGAUGGUACAGCGACGCCAAGGAGAAGGAGACCAAGGAGACCGAGGCGCCCAAGGAGAGUGAGAAGGCUGAGGACGCCGAGUCACCGUUGAAGAAGCAGCUCGAGGCCAAGGAGAAGGAGGCCGCUGACUGGAAGGACAAGUGCCUGCGCACCAUCGCCGACUUCCGCAACCUCCAGGACCGCACACAGCGCGAGGUCAAGCAGGCCCGCGACUUCGCCCUCCAAAAGUUCGCAAAGGACCUCGUCGACAGCGUCGACAACCUGGACCGCGCGCUCUCCAUGGUGCCCCAGGAGAAGAUCAACGCCACCGAGAAGUCUGGCGACCUCCAGGACCUCGUUAACCUGUACGAGGGUCUCAAGAUGACCGACGACAUCCUCAUGUCCACCCUCAAGAAGCACGGCAUCGAGCGUGUCAACCCGGAGGGCGAGAAGUUCAACCCCAACGAGCACGACGCCACCUUCAUGGCACCCCAGCCCGACAAGGAGGACAACACCGUCUUCCACGUCCAGCAGAAGGGAUUCAAGCUCAACGGUCGUGUGCUGCGCGCCGCCAAGGUCGGCGUUGUCAAGAACGCUUAA